AUGUUUGGUCGCAUUGGGGGUCAAAGGCUUCGGGGCGCUGCCUGUCGACCAGCUGCUCGUCGCAAGGUUUGUGGCCGCAAGUUCUCCGCAUCCCCUGUCUCCCAAGCUGCUACGUCUGCUCCGUCACCUCUCGGGGGUAUCACGGUCGAGCUAGAUCGCAUUGCUCCCCGAUUCGAGAUCAAUGCCUCGCAAGUGGAUAUUCUGAAUUCUCCGGCCAGCUUCUAUUCCACUCUGAAGAACAAAAUUCGCAGUGCUCGAAAGCGCAUCUACCUCUCAACCUUAUAUAUCGGCAAAACGGAAUACGAAUUGAUUGAUACAAUCUCCCAAUCCCUGCGCGAUAAUCCCGAGUUAAAAGUCUCAAUCCUGACUGAUUGUCUUCGCGGAACUCGUGAAACCCCGAACCCGUCUUCUGCUUCGCUUCUAUGUUCAUUGGUGGCAGAAUUUGGACCUGAAAGAGUUGAUAUUCGCAUGUUCCAUACUCCUAAUCUCACGGGACUGAAAAAGAAAUGGAUUCCCCGAAGGAUCAACGAAGGCUGGGGAUUGCAGCACAUGAAGCUUUAUGGCAUUGAUGACGAAAUAAUUCUAUCUGGAGCUAAUCUCUCCGAAGACUACUUCACCAACCGUCUUGAUCGAUAUCAUUUAUUCAGUUCCAAAUUGCUUGCCGAUUACUAUGCCCGCAUUCACCACGCCGUCUGCAGUUUGAGCUUCAAGGUCCUGCCAGAUGCCCACAGCGAGUCAGGAUAUCUCUUAGAUUGGCCCACCGCCAAUGGAGCGCAGUCUCCACUGGACGACCCUGAAAGCUUCGUCGCCUGUGCGUCAACGGUGUUAACACCUCUCAUCAAAGCCUCCAACAACAAGCCCGCCUUUCCCGAGUCACCCAGUCAGACUUUCGUCUAUCCAGUCGCUCAGUUUACACCCCUCCUCAAGCCAGAUUCCUCGACUGAAUUCCCUGCCGUAUCACACAUCCUGCGGCUUUUGUCCGAAUCAAGCGCAUUCGCAGGUGCCCGGUGGCUUUUUACUGCCGGCUACUUCAACAUCCAUCCCGUCCUCUCUUCUUUGCUCAUCCGCAGCACAUCUGCUGCAUCUGAAACCCCAUCAACCACCCAAGGCACUGUAUUAACCGCCUCUCCAUGGGCGAACGGGUUCUACGGGUCGUCGGGUGUAUCGGGAAUGCUGCCAGCAGCCUAUACCCACCUUUCCGCGCGAUUCCUCGACCGGGUCGCCGCAGCUCAGAGUACAAACUCUAUUCAACUGAAAGAAUGGCGCCGUGGUACAGUUGGCACACCAGGAGGCUGGACGUACCAUGCCAAGGGUCUUUGGGUGACACUACCCCGUGAAGAAAACCCAAGUCUGACAUUCGUCGGGAGCAGCAACUACACGAAGAGAAGCUACAGCCUUGACAUUGAAGUGGGUGCUCUGCUGGUAACGAGCGACCAGCAACUCAAACAGAAACUCGGCGAAGAGGCAAAGCGGUUACAAGAAAACGCCAAGCCAGUUUCACGCGAAGAUUUAAUGCGUACCGAGCGGCGCGUUGGCUGGAAUGUGCGACUAGCGAUGUGGAUUGUCGAGAAAGUUGGCGGUGCGCUCUAG